UAAUAGAUGUAAAUCUGUCGGGAGUUCUACGGUUUUGAGUGGAAUUUAUAUCAAAUGAUAUCAUAUAAAGGACGAAUACAACUGUCGUCGACUGAUACUUCACGGAGAGCUUUAAAAAUGGAAGCAGCGCUUUUAAUUGCGACGUUUCUUCUCGGGACCUGGGACCUUCAGGUUGGUGUCAAGGGACAGGAGCUCUGCCACGGGCCGAUACAAGCCCUCCAGAUCAUCAACGUGACCACGGGUUCCCCACCGCCCGGCGUGUUUGAGGUUACCGAGGUGAAAGUCUCUUUUACUUCAUCCUACGACUUGGAUGCUGAAAUGAGGCUGGGCGCGACACCGAUACCAUUAGCAGAUGAGGGGCAGAUUCGGACCACCAGGUAUGAACGAGGCGAUUACUACGAGUUCUCCAUCAAGUCCAUCAAACCUUUCAACGCGUCUAAUUUGAGCGUUGGACUGUUUGCGGAACAUCCGUGCAAUACGAUCGCCUUUUGGUUGAAGUUUUCAACUUUGAAGGAUAUGUUUGAAGAAGGCAUAUCAUUCCCUAAUAUGUCCGUCAUGCCAAAACGGGGAUACAGGCUAGACAGGGAUGACGACUUCCUCUUCAAAUAUGGUGUCACAUACAGAUGGAAAAAAAGGGAGAAAAUCAAGCUGAAAAGUGACGACCGUCAACGCAUCUUUCAACCGUAUUUCUACUGGAAUAACAACAACACGUUGGUCUCUCAAGUGUCUGCAGGGUCACAACCGCGGCCCUUGCCAAGGAAGAGUUUACAUUUCAGUCAGACGCACAGUUAUCUUUGGAGCGGUAUCUCGACAGUUACUACAGAAAUGUCAGGCUAUCUUCCACGUGAACUGCUGAUAGAUGGAGUCAUUUUAAGAGCCAAUUUUGAUUUCUUGGUAAAGGGAACGGAUCUUUCCGUGUACACGUUCACCAGCUUUCACUUCGCGGACUCACAAUUCCUGCAAAUGGGAGUGGGUUCGUUGACCAUGGGAUACAACAACAACCGCGGGUUCGUCCAUCUUGGCUAUUCGAAACAAGGUAACUUGGACAUGGCAACUGUCUUCUUUGACGGCACUAUCCCAGAAGCAGAGCGCGGUUUGACGUGCUUCGCUUUGGGACUGGAGAAUGCCCCGGUUGUGAUUGCCGGAAGGAUACCGUCUAUUGAUGACAUCGCCAACCAGGAAUUAAUUGAUCUGAUCAAUCCUGGUGUUAAAAUUGGGCCACUAGGGUUUGCCGAAUUCAAAGUAGACUUACCGUCGGCAGGGAAUGUCGCCUACUACGGGUGUUCGGCGUACACCGGAAGUCAUUACGCCACGUUUAUCGUCAUCAAGGUGAUUGGUGUGCCGAUAUAUAUGUAAAAGUAGCUCAAUAUCCUCCCGAAAGAAGUGUCACCCCUUCCGGCGUGGUUCAAUGGCUACAGAGACCAACGACCAUACUUAGAGCUUUUAGUGGCACGUUUUUCGUUAGGCGGACACUUAGGACAGCAUUACCUUAGUUACUCCUUCGGUGCAAAGCAAAUCAAUUUCUGCUUGAGCUCCUGAACCGAAUAUCACACAAAGACGGACGCCAUGGGCGAAUGUGGGCACUUCUCUUUGGGACAACAUAAUUUGGUCACCCGAGGGUGCCGUGCAAAGCGAAUCCCUUACCUGCAUCAGCUCCUGAACCGAACAUCACACCGCAGAGGCAGACCGCGGCAAGGGCGAAUAUGGCUGUCUCCAUUGUACGUCUGAUAGUGUGGAAGAUGUCUCCCAAUGGCCAAGUUAACUUCGAAUUAACGGGCAGUUUUGUUCAAGUCGUCAAGUUCCUGUAGAGUCUGUUUCCACCAGUCUCUCAUGUACUCCAGUUUUAUAAUAUAUGUUCAAUAAAAUUGUCUUCGCGUCAAACACUA